CAGAUUCAUUUUUUCCUUUGUAGAUACUCACUUUCUUUCCGUAGAUAGUGUCAUAGUUGAGCUUUUACCCACUACACUCAUUCUUUUCAACCUCACUCCUUUUCUUCGACCACUAUCCUUUGGCCCAUAUCUUCACGAUGUACUCUUCCGCCAUCAUGACUUUCCUGUUCGGCGCUCUCCUCUCUCUCCCAGGCAUCUACGCCAACUCACCUUGGCUUGGUUGCGUCCUUACAACCGCAGCGACCGCUGUUGGCAGUGUGAGCUCCCGACAGAGUUCAAGUAGCGUGUGCUCAACAUACUGUGCCGGACGAAGCUACCCUUACGCAUAUUAUGUCGGCGGCAUCCUUCUUGGUAACAACUGCUACUGUGGUAGUGAAGCCAACAUCAUUAGCCCUGUCAACUAUGCCGCGCCCAGCACUUCCCUCACCACUAGUUGUCUUCCUAUCCUUCAAGCUGGUGUCUUUGACACUUCUUCCACCUUCUCCUACACCGGCUGCUAUGCCCCAUCUGGUCUGCUUUCCGGCUUGAUCAACACUGUUACCGGUGUUCUCGGCACCACUGUCUCGUCUCCCCGAGCUUGUUUUCAGAUGUGUGCCGAUACCCCGGCGGCUUACUAUACCCCCUAUCUCUUGGGACUUUCAACGCUCACUCCUCGUUACGGAUGUGUUUGCGGUGACGAGACUGUCGUCUCUGGUGUUCCUACCCUCUGUGGUCUCGGCCAGUUCUAUGCUUAUAGCCACUCUGCUGCGGCGGCUGCUAGUUCCCUUCCCAGGAGGAAGCGAGCUCAUGAGAGAAUCCUUGCUGGAAAGAGGUCUGAGGUGAUUAAGGAGAGGAAUUGGGACUGCCCUACCGGUAUGCAAGCCUGUAACAUUGACGGGGUGGCUAACUCUUGGGAAUGCAUUGACCCUACUACGGAACUUGAAUCAUGCGGCGGCUGUCGUUACGGUGAUUACAGUGCCAGUGCUAAUUCCUCCGAGCCCACGGGUGUUGACUGCACUGCCCUUCCCGGUGUACUACGAGGUUCCGUAACUUGUUCUGACAGCAAAUGUGAGGCCUUCGCGUGUAAGCGCGGAUGGACUCUUCGUGACGGAGAAUGCGUCAAAACCUUUACGUUCCAGUUGUAAGAGUAUAUCUGCGAAAAAGGAAGAGAAAUUGUGUCAAUAAUUUAUAAUUUGCGGGUCUUACCGUCGCUUUCUAUAUCGUAUAAUCAUCGCAGGCAUUUUUGGGUUUUGAGGACGGACCGUAUAUCCCUAAUUUUUCUUCCUUUUGUACCAGUACUUAUGAUACCCAUACCGCAUGUCGGAUAGACAAGACUCUAAUUUAAGAUCAUGUAUCUGAAAGCUUCUAUU